UUGUCUGUCUGCAAAACCCCUCGCUUCUUUUUUUUUAUCGGCAGAGGAACUUAAAUAUCUUACCAAUGUAUUGUUGCGUGUAAUCUUACAAUACACUCGCAAGUAAAAAGAGGGUUUCAAGUUCCUCCUUGUGUUGUUGUUUUUUUAAUUCCUGGGAUGAAUGAUCUCUCAAUGCCUUGUUUAGGUAAAUUUACAGAUAUUGCUACCGUCCAACCUUCCUUGCAAGCUCAUCUUAUUCCACUGGGGGCUCAGAGUAUUAUUAACCAUGCUAAAACCUUACCUAACCCAUGGAGACAAUCCAGUUUCUCCAAGACUUUAAUAUCUUACACGGGUCAUCAUCUUCAUGUACGAAGAGGAAAAUUCCUUAUCACUGCAGUGGCCACUCUUGAAACCAAAUAUCCUGCUCAGAAAGGACACGAACAAAGCUGCUCAUUAUCUGCUUCUGAUGAUGGAGAAGAGGUGGAGGAAAGGGAAAGGUUGAGAAGGAUGAGGAUCUCCAAAGCUAAUAGAGGGAACACUCCUUGGAACAAAGGCAGGAAGCAUAGUCCUGAGACGCUACAGAAGAUUAGAGAAAGGACAAAGAUUGCAAUGCAAAACCCAAAGAUCAAGAUGAAGUUAGCAAACCUCGGACACGCUCAAAACGAGGAGACUCGGUUGAAGAUUGGUGAAGGAGUGCGGAUGCGAUGGGCAAGGAAGAAGGAGAUGAGGAAAGUGCAGGAGACAUGUCAUUUCGAGUGGCAAAACUUGUUAGCAGAAGCUGCUAAAAAAGGAUACACAGACGACGAACAAGAGUUUGAGUGGGAUUCUUACAAGAUCAUGGAUCAGCAGAAUCAACUGGAAUGGCUGGAAAGCGUAGAGCAGAGGAAAGCCGUUAGAGGAGCUAAAAGCAACAGAAGAGCUCCAAAAUCUCCUGAACAAAGAAGGAAAAUCGCAGAAGCAAUAGCUGCUAAAUGGGCUGAUCCAUCUUACCGUGAAAGGGUUUGCUCUGGCUUGGCAAAGUAUCACGGUAUACCUGAAGGUGGUGAGAGGAGACGUAGAAGACCAAGUGGGAAUGCAGAGCCGAGAAAGAAGAGCCCUGCAAAUAAACCUACAAGGGAACCAGAAAGGCAAAUCAAAGUUAAAGUGGUGAAAGUAAGAAAGCGGAGAACACCUGUUUUUAAAGAUCCUUUGGCGAGUUCUAAGCUGGAAAUGAUCAAAAGCAUCAGAGCUAAAAGAGUUGCAGAAGAAUCUAAGAAGAUGGAUGCUGUGGAACGAGCAAGGAUUUUGAUUUCAGAAGCUGAGAAAGCUACCAAUGUUCUGGAGAUUGCUGCUAUGACAAGCCCUGUUGCUCAAGCAUCUUUGUUAGAGAGUAAAAAGCUCAUAGCAGAAGCGACACAGCUGAUUGAGUCUAUAGAAAUGAGGCAGGUUGCUUCAGAUGAGGAUGGGACUUCACCUCAGCCUUGUAAUAGUCUUCUUGAUGAAUCAGAGACCGAAGUUACAACUGAUCAAGAAGAUCUUGGAGAUGUUAACGGAACAUACACUUUCACCAUCAACGGAGAGAGUGUUCACUUGAACAUGAAGCCUAGCGAUUUGCAGACAUUCAACAUUACAAAGCAGCCAAACGGAACCAGAGUCCAUCAACCAACAGAGUCUAAUGGAGCUAUCAAGCUUACGGAGAGUCCUCAUCUCCCGAAUGGUUCUAACGUGUACCACGGAAUGGAGGAAAAGGCUGAGUCGUUGGAGUCAGGAAAUGUAACCAAGAAGUGGGUUCGUGGGAGGCUCGUAGAAGUCACAGAAACAGCAUAAACUUGUCUUAUCAACUUCUUGUAGCGAUUUAGCAGAGAAAAAAGAAAUCAUCAUAUUUGUUCAAUUAGUUUUGGCUUCUUUGGUCUCAUUAUAUGCUUUAGAGAGAAGCAGUUUCCAGUUUGAGAGAUGUACCAGUUGUAUUUUUUUUGGGGUCAAACAAGAUAUUUAUAGAUAGCUAGUUUCCAUUA